CGUCGGAUCAAUAUAAAGGAAGCCAUCGCUCCCGUCCAUUACAGUGCGCCUCCUCCAUUUCCCCCGUUCCGCUUUAAAUAUUUGUUUAUCCGGCCGAGAAGAGGGAAGAGCUGUUUGCGUCGAUUAUCAGCAGUGUUUCUCUCGUCGGAGAAUCAGCGCCGGAUCACAGUAGCAGAGGCGAAGAAGCGAGGAGGAAGCAAAAAUGUCGGGAGUCACUAAUGAGGAAGACAAGAAGCCAGCAGAUCAGGGAGCCCAUAUCAAUCUCAAGGUCAAGGGCCAGGAUGGGAAUGAAGUCUUCUUCAGGAUCAAGAGAAGCACUCAACUGAAGAAGCUUAUGGGUGCAUAUUGUGACCGUCAGUCGGUUGACCUCAACUCCAUUGCAUUCUUGUUUGAUGGCCGCAGGCUGCGAGCUGAGCAGACUCCGGACGAGCUGGAGAUGGAGGAUGGAGAUGAGAUAGAUGCAAUGCUCCACCAGACCGGCGGUGCAGCAAGCGCCUAGAUAUAUAUCCGUUUGAGCUACGGUAGAUGUAACAUAUUAGUUAUUCUGUGAAUUAGUGGUAUCUGAGAAGUAGUCUAUGUUCUGUGUGGGGAGAGCUAUAUCUGAUAUACAGUCCGAGCUAUGUCUGAUAUACAGUCGUUAUCUUUAUUACUGAGAUUUUAGGUUCUAUUCUUCGUGAGUAGAUUGUUACUAUGAUACUAUCCCCAAUCUCCACGGAGGCUAGGUAUGUACGGAUCUAUCUAUGGGAGAUAUUGUUGAGACCCUAAAUAGCUUUCGUCUUGGUAAUUAUUCAUCUGCUUGUGCUCUCCCAGUUUCAUUCAUCUCAUCGUUGAUUGUUUCUAGUCUUUUAUCAUCAUGACAGAUGGUUUGGAACAUAGUUG